UCCAACUCGACAGCCAGACACCGCUUCCGGUGUCGCCACCUUCUUUGUCUCCGGCCCAACAUUUCGACACCAGGGGUUGUCUAUUUUUUCCCUUUAGUUUUUAGGAUAUAUUUACACAUAUAUCCCUAGUUUUCUGAUAUUGAAUGACAGUCGACUCUGAAAUAUUUAUGCCUAAAAGUAAAGCGCCAAAAAUGGAUGACCUGGACUACAUCCCCGUAGACCUGAGCCCAGAGGAGCGCUCUGAGCUGGAGGACAUCCGCAGGAGGAAGGGCGUCCUGCUGCAGGAGAUCCAGAGGCUCAGAGAGGAGUUAAGAGAAGCAAUUCUGGAGGUGGAGGGACUUGAAACCAGCACAGAGGGCAGUAAAACUCUCCAGAAAAGUAGGCAUGUGGCAAUGGGAAGGAAGAAAUUCAAUAUGGACCCAAAAAAGGGCAUUGUGUUUCUGGUGGAGAAUGAGCUACUCAGACACACUUCAGAGGACAUCGCCCAGUUCCUCUACAAAGGAGAGGGCCUCAACAAGACCGCUAUAGGAGAUUACCUUGGAGAAAGGGACGACUUCAACAUCAAAGUUCUUCAGGCUUUCGUUGACCUCCAUGAGUUUACUGAUCUCAACCUCGUCCAGGCCCUCAGACAAUUCCUCUGGAGUUUCCGUUUGCCUGGUGAAGCGCAGAAGAUUGACAGAAUGAUGGAGGCCUUUGCUCAGAGAUACUGCCACUGCAACCCCGGUGUCUUCCAGAGCACUGACACAUGUUACGUGCUGUCAUUUGCCAUCAUUAUGCUGAAUACAAGCCUCCAUAACCCGAAUGUGAGAGACAAACCUGGACUGGAUCGUUUCAUCUCGAUGAACCGAGGCAUCAAUGAGGGGGGAGACCUGCCUGAGGACCUGCUCAGAAAUCUCUACGAAAGCAUUAAAAAUGAGCCGUUUAAGAUCCCAGAAGACGACGGCAACGACCUGACACACACCUUCUUCAACCCGGACAGAGAGGGCUGGCUCCUUAAACUUGGGGGACGAGUGAAGACCUGGAAACGGCGAUGGUUCAUUCUCACAGACAACUGCCUUUAUUACUUUGAAUACACCACAGAUAAGGAACCGCGAGGUAUCAUUCCCUUGGAAAACCUUAGCAUCCGUGAGGUAGAAGACCCACGAAAACCUAACUGUUUUGAACUGUACAUCCCCAACAACCGUGGUCAGCUGAUUAAGGCCUGUAAGACGGAAGCCGACGGGAGAGUAGUGGAAGGAAACCACAACGUGUAUCGUAUUUCUGCCCCAACACCUGAGGAGAAGGACGAAUGGAUCCACAGCAUCAAAUCUGCUGUCAGUGUUGAUCCCUUCUAUGAAAUGCUCGCUGCCAGGAAGAAACGUAUAUCACUGAAGAAGAAGGAGGAACAACCCUAGAGUAUUCCCUUCAUUCUCUCCCUGUCUUCCUUUGUCCUUCUCAUCCCUCCUUCCAACACUGGACACACGUUUUCAUCCUGCUCCUCACUGCUCCUGCUACACAAUAAGUUUUGUUAGCCCUCUCUCCCCCGUCCCCAAAAUGCAUCCUCCUCCUGAUAGGGGGUCUCCCUGCUGUCCUCUCUACUAGACUCUUGAAAGCCACAUCCAGAGUGAAGCGUUCACCCACUGUGGCUGCCUCUUGUAAUCUUGUUUCUUACACUACUGCUGUUAUACACAACCUGACACACUACAGCCAGAGCGCACCGUCUGUUCCCCAUUCUCACCACGUUCCUCUCUUGUUCAGCAAUUAAGUAAACUGUGAAAUGUGUCUUAGACCAUAUCCACACUAAUGUGUGUGAUUUCAAAAAAAAAAAAAAAAAAAACUUCUCAAACCUGUUUACCCAAUAUGGACAAAUUAGCAAACUCUGGGAAAAGGAGGAUUUAAAAAUGCUUUGUUUGUCAUGAUUUUAGGUCUCUGAAUUUAAUUAUGAGAAUCUUACUUUUUCAUUCGUACUUCCUCAUUCACAGUUGCUCCGUAAACCACAAACAAAACUUAAAAAACAGCAGACAGUUGCUCAGCAGAAAUAUGUAAAGCUGCUGGCUGAAGCGGUAUGUGCAUGCUUAAUAAUUUAAUAUUUCUUGUUAUGCACGACAGACUUUUUAGACUAUCUGAAAAUGCAAGUGAGGACCGAUAAAUCAUUUCUUUUUGACAUCUAUCUGCAUUAGUGUGAAUAUGGUCUUAUUAAGGGUAGCAAGCAGCUUCAGUUCUUGUGAACUCUUCUUCCACAUGUAUUGAAGCUGCCUGAUUGAGAAAUUGCCUUUCUUGAUGGUGCUUACCCCAGAAAAAAUGUGAAUGCACUAUUCAAACACUAACAAGAUUUAUUUUUAGUCAAUGUUGGUCAGAGAGGCAUCAGUUAAGACAAAACAAAAUGAUUACAGAUUACUGAGAUGUGCCCAUUGCUUUCUAUACUUCUCUUAAUGGUUUGACACAAAUUGCUACUGUCUACACUUACAUACUGUUACCAUUAUGUGAGGAAAAUGUCACUGUACAUUACUGUUGGCGAAGUUACUGUUGAUCUUCAAAUAUGGUCGUUUCUCGAGGCAGAAAGGUUGCUUCACUUGCAGAAUUAACGGAGCCAGCUGUUUCUCUCCUUCCAGAUGGCUGCUUGUUUCAGCUUACUGAGACAAUAUAUAUAUUCUUCAGCAUGUUUUUUUUACAUGUUUGAGCAAUAGCAGAGUAAUGCGUAGUUCCAGUCUGUAGGUCUUGUUUACAAAUCCUUCAUAACACUAUACUGAGCAACGAUCAUCAUGUCCUUUCAUAUGUAAUGUUCGAGCAUAUCACUAAUCAUUUCCUUCUUGCCAAUGAACAUUGACAUCUUUCUCACAAGUUAUAACUCUGUCAGACAUCUAACUGUAAGAGCCUGGUCUGUCCGCUAUAGUGAGUUUCAAGAAAUCACAAAGGCAGCUCAUCACAAUGUAUACUUUUUGUAAAUAGGUGUUAGCGUAUUUGUUUACGAUACACAUAGAAAUGAUUUAAUUUAUUCUUUAUCUUUUGUUAAAAUCAGAUUUUUGUACGAGCUACUGUAGGACUGCAUGUUGAUAAAUCGAGGUGUCAGUCGUAGGUACUGAUGCAUCGCUGAUCAUGCUAGUGCACUGAUUUGAAAAGUGUUAGUGUUCCCUGUUGACAUGGAAAAAUUGCAUUUGAUAUGGAAGUUGAUUUAUGCUUAUAGAGUAAAUUGUCUAAUUUGUAGUUUAAUUGAAAAAUAAGAAGUUAUUUAGGAGAUGUUUAGUAGUCUGAUUAAUCCUUGGACCACCGUGUUGGUUUUUGGAGUACACCAGACUGUAAAGCACAAGCAGUAAUGAGUCUCACACUCUGUUACACUAACAUCCACUUUUUCCUUCAUUGGCUGCCCAGUGUCCACUUGAAGUGUGAUGAAGCUGUUCACAAGCUGAAAUUUAAAUUUUACGUCAUACCACAGUGAUAGAAAUGAAGAGACAACACAAGGAACACUAACAAAGCUUUGAUUCAUUAUAUAAUAGUACAAUUUUUCAGAUGUAAUGAAUCGGUAACACGUUUAGAUUUGUGUCCAGUGGUAGCCUUGCUUGACAUCCAGUUCAUGAACAUAUUACUAGUAGUUUGUUGAAUUGGCAUUUUUAAAUGGUAGUGAAAAUACUUGUCUACUGCACUUUAUCAAUUUUAGCAUUUUGGAGAAAAUGCUGUUACUUUGACUGACAAUACUCCAAUACUCUGUAUCACCCUCUACUGGCGAUCUCACACACUGCAAUAUGAUGAAGGAUGAACCAUGAACUGUGUAGAAAUACUGUAUAAUGCCACCACCUGGUCAGUUUUUUUUACCAACAUUUUCCGUCUAUGUUCACCCUAUAAAGAUAAUGUUAUUUGAAGUGGAAUGAGGUCUUUUCUCUGUGAUCAGAACAUGUAGACCUUGUUUGAAAGACACAGCAAGUGAUUAGUCCUUCAAAUACAGAUCAAGGAUUGCCUUUUACUCUCCUACUUCAUCAAACUGACAAAGGCCUAACUUUAUACCUCCAUGUUGGUGUAUCCACACUAACAUGGGCUGUCUGUAGGCCUUCACUUUCUGUGUAUUUUUGAAGUGCAAAGUUGCCAAAAAAACUUGUGGGACAACAAACGUUUCCAUUAAAACUAAAAAUUGAACACUGAAAUGAUCACAUUGAAACUGGGCCUCUGUUUUUGAUUCCACCUUUUUCAUAAAGUGUUAAUUUUGUAUUUAUUUAUUUUUAUUUACUGUGAGGUGAAGAAGAUAGAUCAUCUGUAAAUGUAGCAAAAAUAAAACAAUACAUUGGUGACAGUAAAUUACUGUGUAACAA